AGUUAUGUUGGACUCUUCCUUCUUCCACUCCCCUUACUGAGUGUUUUUUUUUUUUUUUGGGGGGGGGGGGGGGGGGGGGGGUGGGUUCUUGAAAGAUCUCAUUUUACAAUGGGGUUCUUUAGAUUCAAUGUCUGUUGUUUUGAGGAAUGUGGGGUUGAUUUUCUUGAUUGAUUUGUUAUAAAUAUAUUGUUAAGUAUUUAUAUUCUUUUUCCUGUUUCAUUUUUCUGUUUUUGUGGUUUGCUUAUUUGGGACUGAGGUGUAGUUGUUGUUGCUGUUUGUGUGUGUUGCUUGCAUGCAGUUUCUUAUUGUUGUUGGUCAAAAGCAAAAAAGAAUAAGCUUUACAUGAGCAUUAAGCUACAAUGUAGUAAAUUUUCAUGUGUGCUGCUGCACAAUUUUUUCUGAGAGAAAAAGUCGUCUUUUGCCUAUAAGGUCCACGUACACUCUACCUUCUUCAGACCCCACUUUGUGAGAUUACACGGGUAUUUUGUUGUAAAAAGAGAAUCUUUUUGUGGUGGAUUAUUUCUAUAUCUCAUAAAUUGGUUUUCUUUGUUCACUUUUUUUUCUUUUACAAUUGAAAAAUGACUAUGAGAAAAGGACAGAUUCAGGGAAACAUAAUGAUUGAGCUCACAAGACUAGGUCAAUAAUACAUUGUUCAUCUGAGUUCUGUUUGUUUUCAUUAGCUGAUUACUCAACUGUUUGGCCUGCUGAAACAAAGUGUCUUCUUUCACAGUUGGUAUUAAUAGGAAAAUUUUACUUCAUCUUGUAAAAUUUUACUUCACCGCCUGUACUUCAUCUUGUAAAAUUUUACUUCAUCUUGUAAACAUCAUAUAGUGCUAUUUGUGCGGGAUUCUUAGGAUUUUAGUGAACACAGUUGAGGAACUACCUGGAUUAUUAGAAUUUUGAUUUGUAACCGAGAGUUUACGAUAUCAUGUCGACUGUGAACAUCUUGAGGAUUCGAUGUUGUACAAUAGAACAGUAUGUUCCUUGUCAACCGUAGCACCUGAUUGAGCUUCUUUAUUGCUAGACUAGACUUUCUCUGUAUUGGAUUGAACAAUGUGAUCGUUCUUUGCUGUGCUUUAUAAGUGAGUGUCUGUUUCACUGUCGGUUAUUUCUUCUGCUUUAUCUUCUACCUUUUCUGUUCUUUUCAGUGGUGAAAGCGUGGAACUGCGGGAUUUGAGUUGGAAUGCAAAAGGUCCUUGCAACAGUUGACAAUCCAUAAACUUGCAACUCAGUUGAACAGCUGAUUAAGAUUUCAUUUCUUGAGAGAGCAUAAUGUGGGUCAGUGGCGACUAUGAUCUGAGUUUAUCAUUGAAGUAUGAGGAACCAGUGAAAGACGCUCUCGAGGUGACAAUGCUUGGGCAGGAUCAUACAUUCAAGAAGCAGGUUUUUGAACUUCACCGCCUGUACUUCACACAAAAGAACAUGAUGAAGGAUCUGAGCUGGAAAGAGUUGGAUGGAGCUUAUUUUAGCAGAAGAGGCGGAGGCCGUCAAGGAAAUCCAGUUACAUUCGGAAAUUUUAUCAGACCAUCUAUGUCUGUUGAUCAGAAGAGAAUUUCCAGCACUCCUAAGGUGUUCAACUGGUUACAAGAGCAGCAAGUCACGUCUCCAGGAUUCCAGCAGCGGCUUUCAAAUCCGCAAAUUUGUCCCACUCAUUAUCUUGAUCAUAUUGGUAGGGCAAACUUGAAUAAGAGAUGUGGUUUCUGCAAUACUUACGAGAAUAUAAUCGAGCAAAACCAUUAUUACCAUGGUAAUAUGGCACAUCAUCAUCCUGAGGAGAUUAAUCUCUCGCUGAGCAUUGGCAGGAACAAUCUGAAAACCUUUAAUCAUAUAAUUGAUUUAGAGGAAUCAGAUGAAACCCCGACUGACACUAAAACAGGUGGUCAAACCAGGACUUGGACUAAUUUUAUUGAUUUAGAGGUACCAAACGAAACAGUGUCUAAUGCAGAACUAAAUCCAAAGUCUCCUCUGGGUUCUGCUCGCGUUUCUUAUUCUGGAUAUAAGCGUGAUAACCAAUGCACCCAGAGCUUCACAAACAUCAUUAAGGAUAAUUGGUUUGAUGGAACUCCAAGAAAUUAUUUUGUUUCGGAUGGCAGCAGGAGUUGUCUGGAACAGAACCCUUUAGCUGAAGGAGCUGAACAAUGUGAGCAGCCCCUCCUUUCUGGAGAUACAUCAGGGAAGGGCAAAGCUCUUUUUUCUGAUGAACGGGCUUUUCUGGACCUUAACAAAUCUAUAUUUGAUGAUUCUUUUCACUCAGAUGAUCCUAACUUGGCAUGUUCUUCAAGUAGGGCUUCCUUGAGGGAGUCCCACGGACUGGCUGGUGAACCUCCUGGGAAAACCUUUCUCACUGCUUCUAACCGGAGAGAGCAGGAUGAUGGCUGUCCGAAUGAGACCUCUGCUUUUCUUCCCCAAGGAUUCUUUGAUUCUGUGACUGACAAAAACCACAGUUAUAAAAGAAUGGAAAAUGUUGGAGUUGAAAAGUUCUCGAUAAACCUCAAUCAGCCACUUUCUGACAGUAGUGAAAAUCCUUCCAGUCUCAUUAUCGAAUACGAAGAAGCUGACUUAACCAUCAAAUAUCUGGACAGUGAUGAUCAAGUUCCAAGCACGCCCGAAAACAAAAGCAAGAAAGCCAAGCAUGAUUCAAUGUCUUCUCCUGAAUAUAAGACUCAAGAUUUUGUCAAGGAUAGUGGUCCUGAUAGAUCUCUUUCGUCAUGCAAAUCUUCUUGUUUUGAGGACAUUUCAAGUGGUAUAGAGACAAUGCAAUGCGAAACUCAGUUGGGAAAUUCAAGUACCCUCAUAUAUGAAACACUUCAAGUUAAUAUAUCUCCAUGCCAGGAGGAUAUUGACUCCUCCAGUAACAACGAUAACCAGAUGGGAGAAACAUCAGAAGUCGACGGUCAGAUCAUAAGAGGAGCAGUGUCCCUCAUCUAUCUUGCACUGGAAUGUUCUGAACCAAGCAAUGUUAUUAGCACAGACAAGAUUGAAGGUGAAAAUACAGAACAACCAGAGUGUUCUUUAGACACUUUUGAAGAAAUGGUGCUCAAACAACCUGAAAGCUCCAUCGACGACUGUUGUGUGACCUCAAAUGCAUUUGAAUUUAAUGCCACAGAGAGAAAGGACUAUGGAAUAACAUUGAAGAGAGGAAGGAGAAUGAAAGAUUUUCAGCGGGAUAUUAUGCCAAACAUGGCAACACUUUCUAGGCAUGAGAUUUGCGAGGAUAUAAAGAUUAUGGAGACCGCACUUAGAUCAAGAGAAUACAAGAAACAUAGGUCCAAAAUGACUGGUGGAAACAAGUGGUUCAGUCCUGUGAGAAAUAGAAGGUCUAGACUCAGCUAUGUAGGCCGCAAGUAUUAUUCAUGAAUUGUUGAUUUCACCAUUGAUAGGAGGAAUUAAAUAGGGAGCAAUUUAGCAGCAAAGAAGAUAGGAUCAAGGAGCUGUUAUGGAACUUGUAGCUCUUGACCGUGCUACUAUUUUUUGACAUCUAUGUUAAGAGUUCUAUUUUGGACCAUACUUAAUUUGUGCAGCGCCCGUGUUUUGAGAUUGAGAUGUAGUUGUUUGUGUUUUGCCUCUUAAGGACAUUUUCUUAAACAACUACCUAGUCUGAGGCAUCUAGGUGGAUAAUUUUGUUAAAUCAUGAAAGAUUACAAAAUGUGAGAUAGGGUCACCAUCCCUGGCUAUAUCUGAAGACAUAACAGACCUCCAAAUUAUUACAAGGAGAGAUAGUCUUCAUUUCCACUUGGUCCUUAUGUAUCUGUUAGGAUGUCUUAGCUACAUACAUUACUGUUCUUCCACUUGUACAUACAUUAAUGAUAAAUGACUCGUUUUGCUGA